CACAUACGCAAUCGUCAGUUUAUUUCGCCAAUAACCACAACCUCAACCCGAGCCCCUACUUCCUGUGUGGCGUGAAGCUCAUCAGUCUGAUCAGGACCAGCGCAGACUGACACGCUCUUCUGGCGUAUUACCUACCUCUUAAGUGGGAAUUACCGGAUGUGGCAAGAUUCAGAUUCAGAACCAGUGGGCCACAUGUCAAACCCAGCAGUGACCCAUCAGCCAGGCGCCGGCAGCUAUGGGACCAACAUGCAAACGGGAGAGUGGAGCACGGGCCUCUGCGCCUGCUGCAGUGAUUUGUUUAUUUGUGCUUUUGGAUGCAUCUGUCCCAACGUGAUGGCCUGCUACACGGCACACAAGUACGGAGAGAACUGCUGCUUGGGUUGUCUCCCCGGGGGCUUAACGGCCAUGAGGACUCACAUGAGGCUCACUUACGGCAUCCAGGGGACCAUUUGCAACGACGCCCUCAUGUCCUGCUUCUGCGGGAUGUUAGAGGUGUGCAGGAUGGCCAGAGAAAUACGCAUCCGAAAUGGAGAGGUUUAAUCAUUCAAAAAAGAGAUUAUUUUCAAAACAGCUUAUGUUUAUUUUUUGUGCAGCUUUCAUCAUUGAUCAGAUGUGGAUUUAACCUGGCAUUUACUUCAUUGUUCCAAUACCAUGUGAGUGUCUGAGCAUUAAAUGAGUUUGACUUGAAUACACAAGAUGCUAUUAAUGUAAGCGUUUGAACGCCAUUGCACCAAACCGGUGCCGUUUUCUUGUUGUGACUCAAAAUGAACAAAAAUAAACUUGCAUUUUCUUGAAACAA